AUGCACGAUCUCUCAAGAAACAUAGUUCGCGUGAUGCGGUACGAGCGUUUCCUUGAGAGGCUAAACAAGCAGAACGAAGAAUGUGGGAAAGGCGAUUUUGUCUCACAAGAAUGUGCAUCUGUCGAAGAGUUCAACAUCUCAAACUUCACUGCUAGAGAAGCUACUGCAUCUUGUGACAGUAGUCAAUUUGGUAGCGGUGACAUGCUGGCAGCACCUGAUCCGUACGCUACGCAGAGAGCUCCGAGUUUUAUCCGUGAAGAGCAGGUGAUUGAAGAUAAGAACAACAAUACUCUUGCUGGUGGCACAUCUUCAUCCUGUCAAGUAACAGCGCCGGAACAGAUAUCUUCCAGUUGGGACACUUUGUCGUGCACGCAGAUUGUGAGAGAACCUCAAUCCGUGAAUGCCGACGGCUGCCAGUUUAGUCAAGGUCUAUCGGUCAACAAGGAGAAUUGUGCUAUAAACAUGAACGAAUGUGGCGCCACUGCUGGACCUCUCCAGAACUAUCGUUCUGCAGGCGAAUUCUUUGCAACAUUCAGAGGCUUUGAUGAUAUCAGCGAAUUUCCAACAAAUUUUUUGGAGGAAGAGAAGAAACCGGGUUCUGCGGAGGAUUUGAAGUUCAAAGAUGGCGUAACUGUAACUAUUAGUGGAGCCAGAGAUAGUCUACUUGAUGGUGCUCUUAUGAAUGGAGAUGUAGCCUCCUUCUACAUCGUACACUAUAUCCCGCAUGCGAUGCUACCGAAUGAUUGGCCUAAAAGAAGUAAAGUGUAUUUUGCGAACACUGACCUGUAUCCCAUGAUUAGCCGUAAAUGCCGCAACAAACUGAUCCAACAAAGUGGUGGAGAAAUAACAGCUGAAACGGUGAGGGAAGUCUUCUUGUCAAGAAAGGGUACGGUACCGCUCUAUCUGGUGAAACUUGUAGAAGCGGAGCUUUCUGUCAUCCCAAUAAUUUGGGAGAACCAUUGGUUGGAGCAAAUUGUUUUUUUU